UAAGUGAACACCCGCUUUGCUGCUCGACGGCAACCUCCACGCGAUACCCUCUCUCCUGGCUGCUCUGGAGUAUCCCGCCCUGUGUCCAUCCUUCGCUGAACCUGGCGCGGAUUCGUCACAUGAGUUUUGGUCCUUGCUCCCGCUUGGCUGGCGCUCUCUGGAGCGAGUUCUAGCUGUCCUGCCAACCAUUGCGAUUAGCUCGCACCGCGGUAGGUCCUUGCCAGUGGGAGUGAUCGUUUGAGUUUCUUUGCAUCCCGAUCGCUUUUAGGACUUAUGGGAUCUUGUUAGUGUGACAAGAGAGGAGGUGUCUGUCUUCGCCACACUGUCUGAUUUCUUGUACUGAUUAUACCUUGCUGUGCUAUUUUGUCUAAUCCACAUAUCGAGAAGAAACCUCGCGGAAACAACGACGGAUCGAACAUGGCUCGCUUCAAGCGCUCAAUCGAAGAGAUCGCCAAUAAGUCAGACUCCGACGACGAUGAUUACAGCGAUCAUUCCGUACGCCCUCCUCGCUCUGCCCGGUCGAAAUCCAAAAAGAAGUCAAAGCCGUCCAAGAAGAGGAGAAGGCGCGACUCUGACUCCGAUAUUGUGUCGGACGAUGACCUGCUCAGCGACGACGACGAGAUUUCUUAUGACGAGUCGGGGGCCGAGGACGAGAAUGUUGAAAGAAACGCAAAAGGUGUUCCUCGCCGGCGGGCUGCCAGAAACCGCCCAGUGUACAAUGAAGGUGAAUCGAGUAGCUUUGACGAGGGCGCGGAGGACGAGGAGAACGAGGAUGACGAUGAAGAUCAAAGCCCCGUGAAAAAACCUCCGCCGCGCUCGAAACGCAGUAACGUGAUCAAAUUAAAGGUUGGCAGUGCAUUAAAGUCCCGAUUUGGGGCCCAGGCCUUCCAGAGCUCCAGGCGCAGCACUCGCCACAAUCGCGACCCGUCCGAAGAUAUAUAUGCACUCACAAAUUCUGGUCGACAUGUGCAGACCGUCGAACGGGGUACCCAUAGCCCCGAGGCGCCAACUCGGCCACGACGAGGCGGGAAGAGUGUUCAGACGAAGGUGCAGACGAAGAGCACUAUCGCGGAAGAUGAAGAAGACAACACUGGCCAGAUCAGGGAGGAAGAAGCCGCGGAUCAUGAACCCAAGAACUCCCAGUUGGAGAUCAUGGAAAGUGAUCCCCAGGGCGACUUUGAAGAGGGACCGUCGUUGUCUAAGAAGGAGCAGGACAAGGCCGAUGUUGAGAUGGCGGACGAUACUGGGUUCGUUCCUGAAUCUGAGAACGGCGAUGUAAAGGAACAAGGAGCGGAAGAAGAGGAGGACGACGAUGAUGAUGAAGGGCCAACGACAAGACGUCGGGGCAGGCCACAGCGGCAGACCGAAGAACAACAGUCGGAGAAAGAGACGUCCCAGCCACCCCGUUCCAGUCGCAAGAAGCCUUCAAGGAGCAGUCAACGCAGGCGAAACGACGAUGAGAGUGACUUUGAGCCAGAAGAGGAUGAAUCUAACGACGAGGACGAGCUUUCAGAGUCAGGGAAAUCGCGUGGCUCUCCAACAAAAAACCAGGAUGACGAGGACGACACUGCUGGCGGACGACGUCCAGGACUCCGGAAAAGGAAGUCUCAAUCACGGGGCCAAUCCGAGGCUAGGGGAGACAUUGCGGGCGAACUGGCCGAGGAAUUGGAGAGUUUGAGAGGCGACCGACCGCGUCGCAGAGCGCAGCCUGAAAUCGUCUACGAGAAACCGCGCCGGAGCAGAAAGGAUGUCGACUAUAGGAUCAUCCGACCCGACCUUAUCCUGCCCAUCGAAGAAGCCGAGAAUGAGCCAUCAGAGUCUCCUUCUCGUCGCGGUCGUGGCGGUGGUGGUGGCGGAACCUGGCAACGAACCCUCUUCUCUACUUAUGGACCGUUUGGCGGUGGUGGACCAGCUGCGGUUUUGGCACCCCCAGGUGCGCCUGGGGCCACUGGGGGAGUCGAAAGUGAUAGCAGUGAUGAUGAGGCCAUGCAGCAACCGAAAGGAGCUGCCGCUGCUGGACCGAGCAUUGGUGGAGCUCUACUUAACCCGGCUCAGACUCAUGGCGAUGCCCAGGGACUGUCAGGGACACCAGCGAAUUUAGGAAAGAUCAAGGAUAAACAAGCAUUGGCUGAUGCGGACCCCUUAGGGGUAGAUCCUAACGUCGACUUCAGUAGCGUUGGAGGUUUACAGGGGCAUAUUGACCAACUCAAGGAGAUGGUAACGCUUCCGUUGCUGUAUCCCGAGAUCUUCCAGCGAUUCCACAUUGUCCCACCCCGUGGUGUGCUAUUCCAUGGUCCUCCCGGAACGGGUAAGACACUGCUGGCACGCGCUUUAGCUUCAAGUGUGAGUACGGAAGGACGCAAGGUCACGUUCUAUAUGAGAAAGGGCGCCGAUGCGCUCAGUAAAUGGGUCGGCGAGGCUGAAAGGCAGCUUCGACUCCUUUUUGAGGAGGCUCGCAAGACGCAACCAAGCAUUAUCUUCUUUGAUGAGAUCGAUGGAUUGGCACCGGUCAGAUCUAGUAAACAGGAGCAAAUCCAUGCUUCCAUUGUUUCGACCUUAUUGGCCCUGAUGGAUGGUAUGGAUGGGCGUGGACAGGUGAUCGUUAUCGGUGCGACAAAUCGACCGGAUUCCAUUGAUCCUGCUCUUCGACGGCCUGGUCGUUUCGAUCGUGAAUUCUACUUCCCGCUUCCCAACAAAGAAGGUAGACGGGCGAUUCUGGAUAUCCACACGAAAGGAUGGGAUCCUCCACUUCCUGCUAAUGUCAAGGAUGAACUGGCGGAGGUCACAAAAGGUUACGGGGGAGCAGACCUGCGUGCUCUAUGCACGGAAGCGGCUCUUAAUGCAGUACAGAGAAGAUACCCCCAGAUUUACCAGUCGUCGGACAAGCUCUUGAUAGACCCGAAGUCAAUCGAAGUGACGCCUAAAGAUUUUAUGAUGUCUAUCAAGAAAAUCGUCCCAUCGUCGGAGAGGUCUGCUUCCUCUGGAGCUUCUCCGCUCCCUAAGGGGGUUGAGCCUCUUCUGCGCCGUCCUCUCGGCGAGAUCGAGAAAAUACUAUCGGAGACUCUGCCCCAAAAGAAGAGACUCACUGCACUGGAAGAAGCGCAGUUUGAAGAUGCUGAGCACUCUGGCAGCUUUCAGAGGGAACAAAUGCAACAAGAAUUCGAGAGAUCACGCGUCUUUCGGCCUAGAUUGUUGGUUCGGGGAGGUCAGGGAAUGGGUCAGCAGUACUUGGCAGCAGCCAUUUUGCACCAUUUCGAGGGUCUCCAUGUACAGUCAUUCGAUCUCGCAACACUGAUCAGUGACUCCACAAGGUCGCCCGAGGCAGCUGUCGUCCAGCUAUUCACAGAGGUCAAGAGGCACAAGCCCAGUGUCAUCUACAUCCCCAAUGUGCAAACGUGGUUUGAUACAGUUGGGCAGACGGUGGUCUCGACGUUCCUUGGGUUAUUACGUUCAGUACCACCCACAGACCCGGUUCUAGUCCUGGGAAUUCUCGAAGAAGAUGAUAGAGAGGAGGUUGAUCCCGGUUUCAUGAAGAGCCUUUUCGGCUUCUCGAAGAAAAACAUUUAUCGGCUGGGAGCACCUGAAAAUUCCGCCAGGUACGAAUUCUUCGAGAAACUUAUUCAGUAUGUGAAGACUCCGCCGGCAGAAUUUCCGGAUCCCGAGAAUCGAAGGAGGAGGAAGCUGGAGUCCUUACCACUUGCACCCCCUCCGCCGCCUCCACCUCCUCCAACUCUGACAAAGGAGCAACUAAAGGCUCAAAAGAAGAAGGACCACCAGACAUUGAACUACCUCAAGAUCAGGAUCCAACCAAUUAUGGACCAGCUCAAAAAGUACAAGAGAUUCAGGACCGGCGUGAUCGACGAAUCCCAGAUCCGAUAUCUGUUUGAAGAAGACGAUCCCAACAUUGUGACGAGUGAUUUGCCAAUCGAACAACGGACCACUUUCCGGCCAUUCGAGAAAGACUUCGAUAAGCACGGCGUACCAGGCUUGCGAGAAACGGUUUCUGGUAAAUUCUAUUACAAUCUGGAAAUUGUGACAAUCGAGAAGCGUCUUUCAAACGGAUACUACAAGCGGCCUAAAGACUUCUUGGCUGAUAUAAAGCGCCUCGCCAAAGAUGCCAGGCAAUUUGGAGACCAGGAGAGGAUGUUGAGAGCCAACGAACUUCUCUCCAACGUCGAAGUGGAUAUCGGCACUAUUGAGCAGACCGACCCUGCACUGGUGGCUGAAUGCGAAAAUGUUUACCUUCGAGAAUUGGAACGAGAAAAGGUCGCAAUGGAGAAGGCCAAAAGAGCAGAGGAAGAAGCCCGAGGCUCACUGGCUCCGGGAGCCGCCAGCAAUGUUCCCCAUGGCAAUACCGACUCCAGCCUUUCGUCUGGACCUGUUGUCCUGGGUGAGCCUUUUACGAAUGGGCAGUCAAACGUUCCCGGGCGACCAGUUACUCCGGUGCGGCACUCAACUGUGAGCUUCACUAACGGCUAUCAUCGAGGCGGUGGCUCCGAUCUCAAUGAAGACACCGUAAAUCAGUCUACUAGCAAUGGAUCUGCUUCGCGGGAAGGAGACGGAGAUGUCUAUAUGACUAACUCGGAAGACGCCCCUUCUGUCGGACAAGAUACGCAGCACAGCUCAUUCGGACCUUCUGCGCAACCUAAACCUCCUCAUUCCCACACCGCGCCAUCUCAACAGAUCAGACGACAAUCAGGCCUUUCAAGCUUGUCCCAGAAAGGGCCAAUGACUCCUAUGGCUCCCGGGUCACAACCGGGAGACUACUCCAAUGAUGCCGAUACCACGCAAACGACAUCUGACAAGAAAACAUCUGAUCAAUCCACUGGCCCUACGUACCAUACUCAGAGCCCUGCUGCUGGCAGUCAACAUCGUAUGGAGUACCCCGAUCUUACCUCGUACCCAGACCGAGUAUCCCAGGAAGAACAUCUGCCAGACACUCAACAAGAGGUCGUAUACUCUCAGAACGGUGCGCCCAAUGGAAGUCAGUCGCAAUCGCAAUCAUCGCCGCAGUCCCAGCAGCAGCAGCAAUCGAAGUGGAAGGCUCCAUAUGGGUCACAACAACCUCCUGUGCCCUUGUUCAAUGCUCCUGCCAAACAGCAGUCACAACAACAUCCUUCGGAUAUCCAGUCUCUCUUGAACAACGAGGACUCAUCUUUCGAAUUUAUUAUCGACAAUGAGUUUGUCGACCAACUUCAUCAGCAAUUGACACAACGAACGAGUGGAUGUUCCGUGGAGCAACUGGAACAGAUUAACACGGGACUCAUGGACUGUAUAUGGAGGAUGCGCAGCGAGUGGAACCGGACGAAGGUCGCUGCCGCAGUCCGGGACACGUUCAACGAAAUUCUCGAUGACAUGCAGGCGGUGCAGGAGUUCGGACCCAUCAGCCAGAAGACAAAAGAGCAGAUGGCGAUGUCUAGACUCCACGAGUAAAGAAGCUAAUGUACGUUGUACAUGAUAGAGGUCCUGCCUUACAGCUUUUUGUUAAGCAUCAACCGCCGAUAAUCUUUGUUAUUGUCCUUUCCUUUUUUGUCUUUUUUUGGGGGGAGGGAAACAUGAUCUGUGGUAAUCUGGGCAAUCUGAUAAGAGAUGACCCGUGGGAUUUGGGAGGUCUAUCUUACUACUCUGUCUUUUCGCUUUCUUUUGAAGUCAUGCUGUUUUCUGUCCGGCUGGUUUACUGCUGUAUUAGUGUUAUUCCCCUCAAGCCCUCCCACGUGCAGAUAUCAUGAGGCUCUGCUAGCAACUGUAGAAUCCCAUUAGAAACAGACAGACCUCAAUAUGAAUUUCAGAACAGGCAGAUAGCCUGGUUCUUGAAAGCUUCAGUUAUCCUCGUUUGUAGUUCAGGCGGAGAGGUGACUCGCGGAGGCUAAG